GUGGCCCUGGUGGGCCAGGAGCCCGUCCUAUUCUCCGGGUCCGUCUGGGACAAUAUCACCUACGGCCUGCAAGGCUGCAGUGAAGAAGAUGUGAAGAGAGCAGCGAAAGAAGCUGAUGCCCUGGGAUUCAUCAAUGAACUGGAAGGAGGCUUCACUGCAGAGGUGGGGGAGAAGGGAGGGCAGCUCUCCAUCGGGCAGAAGCAACGAUUGGCCAUCGCCCGGGCCCUGAUCCGUGACCCAAAGGUCUUGAUACUGGAUGAAGCCACGAGUGCCCUGGACACCAAGAGUGAAGCUGCA